GGUAGUCAAUGUCUUUCUCUUUUCUUGGAUGUUUCCCAAUGCUUUUGACUUUCCUCAUUGUUGCAAGGGUGGGGUAUAUUUUUGGUUCCUUUUGAAUAUGAACUUUGAAUAUACUAAUGUUAAUGCAAUGCUUUAUAAAAUAUCCGGGGAGGUAUGGUAAAUCUGAGGACGUCUUAUUGGUGUUUGAUACACUCGAUAUGGUGUUUGAUACACCUGAUGGUGUGCCGGCCAAAUACUGUUUCCAGCCCUGCUCCAUUUUGGAUUUAAAUCCCCCGUGUCCUCUGUGCGCCGGCAACACGAAGGCAACAGCCAUGUUGACCGGUGAAAACUAAAUAACAAAUCAUGCAAACGGACUGAUUAAAUGCAGGAUGCUUUGCGGAAUAAGCUACUUACAGUCUCUGCCACGGCAAAGACUGGAUGAGAUGUUGAUCCCACUCUCUUUUUCUCUCUCUGGGGCUUUCUCUCACUCUGCGCUUUUUCUCUUUUUGACCCUCUAUCUUUCGCACUGAACAGAAGUCCUUAAGUCACACACAUGCAGGGCAGGAGUUUAAUUUAGUCAUGCUAGGUGCCCUGUUCAGAUAGAGGCCUAUCUUGCAUCAAUUUUGACAGAAUUCUGUCCUAGACUGGAAAUUUCCGUUAGGUUUCUAUGUCUGAAGAGUGACACAGGUUUCUGAUAUGUAUUCAUUAAAUAUGCAGUCUGGGACUUUUGCGAGUAGCUGUUUUUUAAGCCUCCCAGCUGGAUGAGUAAUUUGUAGUUUAUAUGUAUAUAAUCUAUAAGUAGAAUCACUAUCACACCUCAGUUAACCUUUACAUUUAAUUUUUUGUGUUGACAAUACAUUCCAUAGUAUCUUGCUAGUGUUAUAAUAUUUAACAAUUGGAAUGGUUAAACUCAGAAUUAUUGCUAAUGCAGGGAAUCAGAAGAAUAUGUUUAUUUACUCACUGGGUCAUGACGUUUGUGGUUCAUUUGAAAUGCCUGGUCGGCUGGGAGCAAUGAGUCCUACUCCAGGAUUCAUACGGGAUCCUCCGGCUCAGAGGCUCCAGAGACACACUGACCAUCAACUGUUCCAUGUGGGCAGAGAAAGCUUGAUGUCGGGGCUGGCAGCCCUGGAUGCCAAGUGUUCCAGCCGCCUGGGCAUCAUGACCAUCUCCUACUACCUGUGGACCACCUUUGUGGCAGUGGUGGUGGGCAUCCUCAUGGUUACCAUCAUCCACCCUGGAGGUGCUGCCCAGAAGGAGGACAGCGAGGACAGUGGCAAACCAAUCAUGAGCUCAGCUGAUGCCCUGCUUGAUCUCAUUCGCAACAUGUUUCCAGCUAACCUUGUCCAAGCUACAUUCCAACAGUACCGCACCAGGAGCAUCCCCAUCCUGAAGGCGCCUCCACCCACAGUGGCUUCUGCCCUGAUGGAGAGCACCACCCGGAGGGUCUACAUCUACGGCGUCCAGGACGACAACGGCACCGACAUCCAGAACUUCUCCCUGGACCUGACGCCACCUCCCGACAUCCAGAUGCGCACGCUGCCGGGGACCAGUGAAGGCAUGAACGUCCUAGGGAUUGUCAUCUUCUCCGCCACCAUGGGUAUCAUGCUGGGUAGAAUGGGGCCUAAUGGCAGUGCCCUGGUAAACUUCUGUCAGAGUCUAAACGAAGCUGUCUUGAAGAUUGUCGCCAUAGUGAUCUGGUACUUCCCGUUUGGCAUAGUGUUCCUUGUGGCCGGUAAGAUCCUGGAAAUGGACGACCCGUCGGCCAUGGGGAAGAAGCUGGGGUUCUAUGCCAUCACCGUGGUAAUGGGACUGGUGGUCCAUGGCCUCUUCAUCCUACCGGCAAUGUACUUCUUCAUCACCAAGAAGAGCCCUAUUGUCUACAUCAGAGGCAUCCUGCAGGCCUUGCUCAUCUCCCUGGCAACCUCCUCAAGCUCUGCCACGCUGCCUAUCACCUUCAAGUGCCUCCUGGAAAACAACCACAUCGAUCGCCGCAUCAUCCGCUUUGUGCUCCCCGUGGGCGCCACGAUCAACAUGGAUGGGACGGCGCUCUAUGAAGCCGUGGCAGCCAUAUUCAUCGCCCAGGUCAACAACUAUGAGCUGGACUUUGGUCAGAUCAUAACCAUCAGUAUCACAGCCACAGCUGCCAGUAUAGGCGCAGCUGGGAUUCCGCAGGCCGGACUGGUCACCAUGGUGAUUGUGCUAACCUCGGUGGGCCUGCCCACUGAUGACAUCACUCUCAUCAUUGCUGUGGAUUGGGCGUUGGACCGUUUCAGAACGAUGGUUAACGUGAUGGGAGACGCCUUGGCCACAGGGAUAAUGGCUCAUAUCUGUAGAAAAGACUUUGUCAAGGAGGGCGAGCAGGCGCCUCUGAUCUGCGAGACCAAGCCCAUGAUCAGCAUCCAGCAGAUGAUGACGUACCAGAAGAACGGCGGGUACCAGCCCCCUCCCUGUGGCCCGGGGGGGCCGGACGUGGCUCGCCUCAUGCAGCUGGAGGAGGGGAUACGGCCGGAGCAGAGGAAGAGGAGCCCACACACCCCGCAACACAAGAGAGAGCACAAGGAUAAGGACCACUGCUCCAUCGACAUGAACGGCCUGGAGACCAACGUAUAGAGGCAGCCCGCCAGGAGCAGCGUGACCAGAGGCUGCCUCCUCAUUCUCGACACCUCCCUCAAAGAGAGCACACUGCCGCCCCCCCCCCCCCCCCCCAGCCAAUGCCAUCACCAAGGCUCUUAACACCGUGGCAAAGGCUGUGCCAAACUUUGGUUAGAGUGUGGAGAAUCUGGAUGCAGCCAAAACCAUAGCUUCGGGGGAAAGGAGUGGACUGAUUGACUGAUGGUCUGCACCAGAGCUGGGGACAACCAGAACCCGACGCUUGCAGGCACACAAUGGCACACUGUGGAUGCAAGACAGACAACCAGAAAGACGAUUUUCUACAUUAUUUAUAUUAUGCCCCGGUAUAAUUACAUAUGUGCGUGUAUAUUUCUCAGAUUUAUUUCACGAGCCAGCAAAGUUACAUGCUGGAAGACAUUUUAUACAAUGAUGAGGCAUUCAAUGACAUGAGACAUUCUAUACAAUGUGGAAACCUUUAUGAUUAAGAUCAGGAGUCAGAAGGGAUGAAGAAGAACCUUUAGAGGGCCUUCCAUCUUCAGCUUAGAUGAUCAACAAUGGACUGUGAGCCUCUCUUGAGCAGAUGAGAAUGUGACAAAACUAUCCUCAAAUAGACAAUGCUUGUGGACUGUGGUAUAAAGUGCUCAUUGGUUUUUGAAAAUGUUAAUACAAAAUGUAAUCAUUCUUUGUUUUGGGGGGGUUCUUGUGGAUUUUCUAAAUGUUUUUAUCAUUCAGCUGUCUUUUCAAACAACAUAAUCACACUAACAAAAUGUUGCCUCAAAACCCACUCACAGGGUUAUGGACAUUAUAGACUCAUUUGGUAGUCUCGUUCACUUGUCAGGUUACUCUCCCAAUCAUAAUUUGAGGUUACUCCCAAAACAUUUAAUCUAAAAAAAAAUCUAGACUUUAUCCCCAGAUCUGCAACCAAGAUACAUAUCUAAAUGUUUUCUAUUAUUUAUUACAUGGUUGGUCGAUUUACACUGCCAGUUAGGCAGACAUUUCUAUCAAUAUAUAAAAGCUAUUUUCAGUCAAAAGAGAGUAAAAAAGCUUUUCUUCCUCAGCGAGCUGAGUCAUAUAGCUUCAUUCUCACAGUCACAGAUUUAAACCUUUUGGUACCUUUUCAUCCUAAUUCCCUCUUUGCCUUUUGAUCCCCUUAUAAUCAGGGUAGUACAAUUCUGCCCCAUAACGACUGGCAAAAUGUAGAUGACUGUGUACCAAAUGGCCGCCUAUUCCCUAUACAGUGCCCUUUAAAAAGAUAGGGGACAGGAUGCCAUUUUUAAUGCAUCAGUGAUAGAGGUAGCAACAGUAUGUGUCAGAGCCAUAAUGCUUAAGUAGGCUAGCCCUUGUUGGACUAUUUCUAGUGUCAAGUUCUUUGCACCCACAGUACCCCCUCUUUGCCUUAAAGUACAAAGGAGAAGCAUGGGGGAGAUAUACAGGGAAACAACAUCCAGGUCAACCCCAAGUCAUAUGGGCGAACCACACAUACAUUCAUGACAACAGCAGCAAACUGCAGAACAACAACCACAAGCAAUACUGCGGACUUCACUUCAUAUGUGUAUGAUAAUACGUGCUGUACAUAUAUUUAUUUUUAAAUGAAUUAGUAGUUUGUAAAAAAUAAAUAAAAUAAAAAGAUUCAACAGGCGCCAUAUGCAGUAUGUUAUGAAGUUAACAUAAUUAUUCAUUGUUAAAUUCUAGUCAACUUGCUCAAAAUGUAACCCCAUUUACUGUAACAAUACACAACUGAAAAUAUAUUGUAAGAAAACACAAAUACACAUUUUAUUUAACUA